CCCCGACGAGCAAAAUCUCGACCCCUCCGCGCUACUUCGCUCACCUACCACCAGUUAAUCACCUACUCUUCGUAGAGAUUCUUUUUAGCCUCAUCGAUUCUCUAUCCCGACGUUUGUAUCUUGUGGUCGCCGGAAUCGAGGUUAACUACUGAGCAGUUGUCACGGAAGAAGCUGUAUGUGCUUUUCUCAAGUUGUCGCUGGCAAAUACUGACACUUUAAUGAACUGAAGCAUUCUCUGUCGGAAGUCUGUACCGUCUGACCCCGCCAUAAGAUCAGCCUUACCGGACACUCCCUUUGCAUAAGCGUGGGAUUCUUCCGUAUUUCUCUCCAUCGUCAUCAUGUCCUCCCGAGGAACAGGCGACUUUUGUCUGGAUUGCCAUUGGGAUGCAUUCGAUGAUAUCACCGGGAAAAUUCCUAUGCUGCCAUCUGAUCAAUGGCAAUGCGAGGAUAUACAUCAUAACGGGGAUGCGGUCUGCGCAGUCGAAGACAGCUGUUGUCAAAAUGACGCUUGCUCGCUCAAUUGCUCAUCAGUUUGUGAUGGCUUUGUGGACUGCGACCUAGGCUCGACAGUGUGCUCAGAUGCUAAUUGCGAGGAAACACAUUGCGAAAGCACUAGCCCAGCAUGUUUUGACAGACACUGCUGUGACGAAGAUCAAACUGUGGACGAUACCGCAAAGGGUCUGCUGCAGCAGACCGACUUCCAAUGGGAUCCCGCACUGUUUCUACCUGCUAUGACUGACCAACAAUUUGAUAUGCCUGUAAACGAGUCGCAACUGAUGAAUCAAUCGACUUCCAGGCAUCAACAUUGCAGUACAGAGAAUACGUUCUCAGACUUUCAAUGCCACAAUACCGGCCAUGGGUCUCUUACCACAGGCCAGCAAUAUUCGAAGGAGUGCAACAAUGCCUGGCACUCUUUGUUCACCAACAAUCAGAUAGAUAUGUCUCAUUUAGACAUGAAUAUCAUGCUAAACAAUACGCCCUUUUAUACACCUGAAUCGAACAGUGACUUAUUAAAUCAACACAGUGACACCACCAAGAUGCCUUGUUUUCAAGGCGAUGGACGACCAUCCUGCUCAGAGGCAGGUUUUCAACAUCUGGGUUGCUAUCUUCGAAAUUCUGGAGACACAAAGUUAGUAGAAUUCUCAAAGAAACAGUCACAAGCUCGCGUCCACCGUCAUGACCAUGGUCAAGCACAUCACAGAGUAGCCCAUUAUUCUCGUCCUCGCAAUCCGCGAAAGAGUAUAAGCUCCCAAACCAUUUCAAGCUUCAUCGACAGCCCUCCUUCAUUAGACAGGGCUAUGUCAUCAGCUUUGACGAGCCCAACUCCAGCAUUGACCGAGGAAGUGGAAUCUCACGUUUGCCGCUGGAAUCAUGGGCCCUCUAUGUGCAAUGCCAUUUUCAACUCUUGUGGAGAUCUCCAACAACAUCUCAUCACGCAACACAUGCAACCUAUUGAUGGGGUGAAAGGUUAUGGAUACUAUUGCUGCUGGCAGGGUUGCCACCGACCGCACGAACCAUUCUCUCAGAAGUCCAAGCUUCAGGGACAUUUCUUGACUCACAGCAACUACAAGAACUUCACUUGCUCAGUCUGUGGCAAAGCAUUUGCAAGGCAAGCAACACUCGAACGUCACGAGCGCAGCCAUCGUGGCGAGAAACCAUUCAAAUGCAAAGAAUGCGGCAAAGCUUUUACAGAUAGCAGCGAGCUCAAGACCCAUUCCCGAACACAUACUGGCGAAAAGCCAUUUAAAUGUACAUUUCCAGGAUGUGACUUUCAAACCGGUGACUCGUCGAAUAUGUCUAGUCAUAAAUUGACGCACAGCGGACGCAGACAUAAAUGCACUUAUCCGGGUUGCGCAAAGAGCUUUACUCGUCCAGAUCAACUCAAACGCCAUCUCAAAACAACUCACAAGCUCGACAAUACCAAUCAUUCCAUGUCUCCAGUCUUGGCAGUGCCGACAAUGAUAGGCACGGUCAAUUGAGAGAGGGCAAAAUUUCAACAAUGUCUUCAUAGUUUGAUUGAUUUGAUGUCAAGACUAUACGAGGUUACAUACGAGGUUACCUAGGUAUUUUCCGUUUUAUGAAGCUGUAUAGAAUAUACCCACCCCCUGUUGUAUUUAAGGGGGCACGCAAAAAUUUACAUUGAUGUUAAAUGUGACCAACUAUCACAUUUGUCUCGGAUUCUCUGCUUCGAUUUUAUUAACGAACAUCUGUUAUGGAUGAGAAUUUCGUCUAAUUGGUCAUCCAACCGCUAAUGAACGAUUGAGCGCUGAAAUCACAUUAUAUGAUAUAGAAAUACAGAAGAGGCCAGCGGAAAAAAAGAAUUAAUCCCCCUUUCAAGGCUUUCAGGCUUUCAUACAACAUUAUAUCGGCCACUAGUUGGCGCCCUAGCUUCACUAUCCGCCGCCGCAAUUGUAGCUUCUUUCAACAGCCGCAUCAAUUCUCGCAUAGCAUUCGUAACAACCAGUUCUGUAUCACCCUCGACAAGGAUGUACAACUUGGGUGUAUCGCCCGGCCCAGGUUCCUUGCCAGAUGGAUAAUAAUUGCCUUUAGUUGUGAUCGACGUGCCUGUCGCCUCGAGGAUUUUGGCAACGUUGGUACGGUUGGUGACAGCCCAACGUGCUUUUUCUGCAAUUUAAGUAUCAUUAGCAAUAGUUCAAGCAAGAAAAUGAUAGAAGGAAAUAUAAGG